UCAGAUUUAAGUGAACGCAGUGUCCAGUGGUGCCAAGUUUUAGUUCAAAAUAAAUAUUAAUUGCCAGUGUGAAAAAUGUGUUAGUUCAUCAUGUCGCAACGGUGGCGCUGCGGUCGCAUCACGUGACGUUUACAAUCCAAGAUGGCGGACUCGAGUCCCGCCAAUUCUAUCAUCGAGGGUACUGUGAAGUUUCGCGAUGGAAAAAAGUGGAAAUCGCGAUGGUGCGUCAUGCGAAAGUUGUCUCCUGUUGCAGACUGCGUCCACCUGCAACUGUACAAGGACUUGAAGGAGCGUCAGAAGAACGGCCAGACCAAGGCUUCCCUGUCGCUGCAGCAGUACCUGGGUAUCGAGUCUGGCUUUACCCUGGACAAGGAGUCCAAUACCCUGGCCAUACUCUGCGAGGAUGUGGUGCCAGUCCUCGCAUUUGAUACCCGGGAGAUACUGAUACAAUGGCGAGUUAAAGUCCAACAUAAUCUUGGGGGCAGCAAGGAGUUUGCAGCAGUCAUCAUAUCAUCACCCACUACUGCCAACAUAAGGGCAGGUCCCGUCAGAUUACAUGCGUGCGGUCCAAGACUAGCCCUGUGCGCUUCCAGACCACCUGAGGUUCUAGCUCUGUGGGACGUCAAGUUACUGAGACGCUACGGAGUGGUCGACAAAAGGUUCUGCGUGGAAGGAGGCUCGCGUUGUGGGAAGGGCGAGGGCCUAUUCAUCUUCGCAGCUGAAGGAGGCAGGGAGCUGACGGAACUCCUGAACGUGUACAGUCACGAGGCACAGUCCAGGCUUAGCAUAGCGUCUAGGAGUGGAUCAGUGCUAGAAAAACGCUUCUCAGACGCCAGUUCCUGCAUGGACGAGUGCUUCCACACGUCUCUAAGGUCCGUGUCUCCAUCCUGGGCUGGUCCUGCAAGCCAGACUAUGCACUGUCUCUCAGAUCUGGACUCCAGCCUUGAUGGCGAGGAGAAAUUCAGGAGACCAACCUCAUUGCCGCGGUGUUCCAGUUGCAUCGGGAAGAUCAGUCAUUUGACGAGAUCAUCAACAAUGAACACGCCAGGUUCAAUAAUGUCCCCAGUCUGGACAAUGGACAAUAUUCUAGAAAAGCGCUCGGAUUCUGACAGAGCCUCCAUAUACUCUCGUUCAAGUGGCAGUGCUUCAGAGUACAGUGUACCGCGCAGUGCCUGUCUCCUGGACAAGAGCUUUGAGUCCAAACGUGCGAGCCCAGUGACUUGCUGUACCCCAACUGUCCCGGCAAAGACCGGCGGCAGUUGCCAAUGCUGGCAGCAGGUCAAACCAUGCUGCUGUAGAAAGAAAUCCUUCAGCGGACCCUACGAGAACUACGAUGUUCCAAAAACACCAAUGCCCUUAAUACAGGAGCACCCAGUAGACUCUCACACAGACCCCUCCAGCAUAUACGAUACACCAAAGAAACUGAAAUGUCUGCUCAACGGGCAGCCGUGCACCUGCACACACGAAGCCAAAAACGUAGAGAACCAACAAACAGAUAAUAACAACCCAAGUGAUACUAGCAUUAACAAUAACGAAGCUGAGACACAUUCCAACUACGUCAACGUUACCCCACACCCCACUGCCACCAAGAAACCAGUCCCAGAAAUAGAUUUUGCCAACUACGCUAACAUAGACCUCUCGACACUUGAAAAGUUCGAGAAUUCCCUACAGAUUCUAAGAAGCGCUGGAUUCAGCCAGGAAGAAUUAGACGCUUUGGAAGACAUCCCUGAGCACGAUGACGAUAUAUCAACCGCUACAACGAAUACUGUGCAUCCCUCCACAGAUUGCUGUAAUGAACACUUAAAUUACAUGCACAUGGAGCCACUAGAAAUCAGUAUUUCAAGUAGCAAACAGAAUUUCUCAGACAAUAUAAGUCGGAUCAGCCAUAUGUCCGACCCCACACAACAUUCUGAGUCAGACAACACAAAUAGCACGCGACGAUCAAGUUCCGCGGACUUCACGAAGAGACACGAUGAUGACUAUGGGAUGAACAAUCGGAUAUGUUUCACUCCAACUGUUCUUAGAAAAGCUACGAAAACUGAUCGAAUUAACGAAGGCGUGCAAAUAAGUCUAGAAAUCAUUGAACCGAAAGAUAAAUUCAAAGUGCCUGAGUUAAAAAGCGAGAAUGCACUGGUGACUAAGUUUAGGGACGCUGUAAAAAUACGGCGUUCAUCAAGUGUUCCUAGUAAAUCGGACAAAAAUAGAGACUCGUCGAGUUCAAACGAUUCUGGGGUCUCAACAGGGUCUUUGAAGCAUCAUAAGGGUGAUUUUAACGAAUUUGAAAUGCCAAUAACAAGUUCGAAAUCAAUAAAAAAGCAUGUGAAGAAUAGUAAGCAAAUGAGGAAGGCUCUGACUCCAGUGCAUGCCUUCGUCAAGUCGAAUUCUUCGGAUCCGUUGAAGAACUUGACAUUUCAGUUUGAGGAGGUGGCGACGUUAACGAAAUCUAAUUCUUGUGAUGUGGACACGCUGACGAGACGGAAGAAGAGACCUGAAACGGAUGUCACAGCCCGCCACAGUCAGAUGACGACCAAAUCCACAUCGAGCGGAGCGUCCGAUACGUCGGACUACAUGGAAUCCCUCUCAGUCUCGUCCUUCAGUUCGUGUGACGUCUCGGCCGACAGACACGUCACUAGGCCGAGAUCAGGCAAGGAGUACGCGAGCAUCGACAGGACAGCCCUAGUCUAGUUGGAACCAAUAUUCGUGUCAAUGUUGGUACAUGUGAAUUGAUGGAAACUAUUUCGUAUGUUAUUACAAUAUCAUUAAUAUUAAUAGAAAAAAAUGAUGGAUCUUCACAACAAGCCUAUCUUUGUAAUAAAAUGGAACCGUUACAAUGUAAUUUUACGAAAAAAAUUCCCCGCUAAAGAGAUCAUAAAAACAUCGUGUCGGUAAUGACGUUGGUUCAUGUCACGAAGAUUUAUGAGCCAAACAUUUGCCAAACAUUCAUCCAAAUUAUUAGUUUGAACAGCGUUUGCCUACCCUGGUCUGUGACGCAGGACCAAGGUGUCAAUGUGUACUUAAUGCUAUGCCUACUUGAGGGAAUAACACGACCAACAUAAAGAUCAAUAACUAUUAAAAAAGGCCUUAUUUAUCGUUCGAUAAUAUACACAUACAAUCAGCCUAAAAUGUGGCUAUAAAAAUAUGUAUAUCCUACCAAAAAGGUAACCCAAAACUUAAAAAAUAUAAUCUUCUUUUAAAAGACAUCACUUUCAUAUAAUACGAAACAUUUCAUAAUCAUUUAAAAUGAAUAAAUAAUAUGAAACUUGUAAAUAUAAUGUACAUAUAUAAGUACAUACAGUUCAUACAUUUGUUCCUAUGUACAUAGUUUUAAGUAUGUAAAAGCAGUUAUGGACGAAUUUAGUUCUUUAGUAGCGUGCCAAAAAUAAUGUAGCUUGCUAUUAAACUGGUUUUGGGUAUUGUAAAAUAUAAUAUGUAACUUCAUUUCAAAUAAAGAAUGUUUCAAAUAAAAUUGUACGUCGAUUAAACAUUUAUUUAGAAUUCUGUGUAUCAUUUAAAAUGUAGCCCUGUAUAUUUUAAAUGUAAGUUUUAAAUGUAGUCCGUAAUCAUCAUUUAUUGUGUUAGGUACUUAAAUUAUUUGUGCCUUUACUUAAACAUGUGUUGCUAAAAUAUUGUCUUUCAUUUAUUUUUGUUACCUUCAUUUAAUUACUUUAAAUGUAACUUUGAUAAGUAGAUUUAUAAAGCAGUAUAAAAUGUGAAUAUACUUAUAAAUAAGAGUUGAUUAAAGUCGCCUAUACGCAAUUUAUAAGCAAUAGAAAAAGUAACGAUAAAAAAACAUUUAAAAUUAAUUACGAAUUGUGAAAGUGUUACUGGGAACGAAACAUAGAUGGCGUUAGUUUAGUUUUUAUUAAGAUGAGUGUUGACAUGGUCUUUUUAAUAAAAAUAAAUUAUAGUCAAUGCAGUAUGCAUUUAAAACGCAACUUAAUACGAUCAUUGUAAUUAAUUUUAAAUACAAUAGGUACAUUAUGAAUAAAAUAAACAAUAUUUAAAUGAAAAAUUUUAAGUAAGUAAGUACUUGUAGGAUUUUUAUAUAAAAAACUGCGUUCAUUCAAACAGUCCUACCAACAUUAAUAUAUUAUUUUGAAACAAA